UGAAUUCAGAAGAAAGAAAAAUGGCCGCAGAGGGGACCAGGUCUGUGCUGUUUGUCUGCCUGGGUAAUAUUUGUCACUCACCUAUAGCAGAAGCAGUUUUUAGAAAACUUGUAGCUGAUCAAAAUAUUUCAGAUAAGUGGAUUACUGACAGUGCUGCUGUCUCUGACUGGAAUGUGGGGCGUUCCCCAGAUGCAAGAGCUAAAAACUGCCUAAGAAAUCAUGACAUUAAUACAGCUCAUAAAGCAAGACAGAUUACCAAAGAAGAUUUCCUCACCUUUGAUUAUAUACUCUGUAUGGAUGACAACAAUCUGAGAGAUUUGAAUAGGAAGGUUAAUCAAGUUAAAAACAGCAAAGCUAAAAUUGAACUUCUUGGAAGCUAUGAUCCACAAAAACAACUUAUUAUUGAAGAUCCUUAUUAUGGAAAUGACUCUGACUUUGAGACUGUGUAUGAACAAUGUAUGAGGUGCUGCAAAGCAUUUUUGGAAAAAGCUCAUUAAGGCUCAUAUUUAUUGCUGAAGGACAACAAUGAUUGACAUCGACUUAAAAAUGAUGUAUGUAUAUCAGUUGAUGUGUUAUUAAAGAGUAAUAAUGUA